AUGUCAACUGAGAAUAUGGCUGGUCGACUAUGCUUGCUGCUUGUUUGCACCGUCAUGCAGACUUCUCUGGGCGCUGUGCGUUUGCCAUCAAUAUUUUCAGACCACAUGGUUUUGCAGACAAACAGCGAAUAUGGAGCCCGUUCGUUCAUUUUCGGGUUUGCUAAUCCGGGAGAGAAGGUGACAGUGGACGCUCCCAGAGGUCCAUACUACAAUCUGGCCAAUUCCAACGGCAGGUGGUCCAUCAUGCUGGACCCUGUUGGAGCUUCCAUGAAGACAUACAACAUCACCGUUUCUGGAGAAGAAGGACAGCCCAUUGUCAUCAAAGACGUGAUGUAUGGGAAUGUGCUGCUGUGCUCAGGACAGAGCAAUAUGGUAUUCACAGUCGGUGGAAUGUUAAAUGCAACAGCAGAGAUUGCUGCUGCCCAUCACCCCAAUAUUCGUCUAUUUAAAGUAGCUCUGACAGAGAGCCCUACACCAAAGUGGGACGUCAACGGCACAUGGCAGUUGUGCUCUCCUCAAACUGUUGCAUCCUUCUCUGCUGUCUGCUACAUGACAGCCAGAUUCACAAUGGACAUGCACUGGCACGAUCAACCCAUUGGAUUAAUAGACUCGUCUUGGGGUGGAACGCCGAUUCAGGCUUGGAUGACACCAGAAGCCUUGAAACAAUGUCCACAGGCCUCAAAGGAAGGAUCAAUUGAUGUGUACAAUGACGUGACAGGACCAGGAGAUCCAUCUGUACUUUGGAAUGCCAUGAUUAACCCACUGGUUGGAUAUUCUAUCCGAGCAGCUCUUUGGUACCAAGGAGAAGCCAAUGCACGUGAUGCCGUACCACAGUCGACAAAAAGCUACACAUGCUACCUGACACACCUUAUUCAAUCCUGGCGAGAUCUAUGGGGCAUUGGAGACUUUGCAUUUUUAUAUGUUCAACUGGCACCAUAUGGAAAUGGAGAUACUGUAUCAUACGUCCGCCAAGCUGAACUCAAUGUCUUGUCACACGCAGGAGGAGAUGUGGACACGACAGGCAUGGCAGUAAUCAUUGAUCUUGGUGAGGCAGAUCAUCGUGUUCACCCAAGAAACAAAACUGAAGUAGGUCGAAGAAUGGCUUUACAACUCCUCCACGUUGCACUUGGCUUACAGCAACCUGAGGUAAAUUUCUCUGGUCCAAGUUUGGUCAAAGCUACAGCGAUGUCACAAAACAUGGUAAGUGUUGAGAUGCUCUUCGGUGACGGUAUGUUCUGGAAUGGUUCCCAUGGCUGUGAACAGUGUUGUAAUGGAGCAUCACCAGUUCAGGUUAGUCCCGAUGAAGUCUUUGCACCAAACUCAACAUGGUAUAACACGACAGCAACAAUCAAAGGAUCUACUCUGCAGGUUGUUGUGAAAGGAAUGGCGGAAACAUUAAUGCCAAAGUCCAUUCGUUUAGAUUGGGCGAGUUUCCCUGAAUGUGUCUUAUUCAACGAACACUGGUUGCCAGCAUCUCCAUUCAUUGCUAAUAUUUCUUUCAAAUCAGUCUCUCCUCCACUGGCAGUUUCUCCCAAUUUGCUCGAGACACCACCAAUGGGAUUCAACAGUUGGAAUUAUUACCAUUGCAAUAUUGAUGAACAAUCUGUAAUGAGAACAGCUGAUGCUUUCAUUGCUAACGGUAUGGCCAAAGCAGGAUACAAAUAUAUCAAUAUUGAUGACUGCUGGAUGGUGGAAAGAGCACCAAAUGGAGAGAUUCAACCAGAUCCUGUGAGGUUUCCUUCUGGAAUGAAAGCUCUGGCUGAUUAUGUUCACUCAAAGGGUUUGAAGUUCGGUCUGUACACAGCACAGGCUGAGUUUACAUGUCAGGGCCGUCCAGGAGCAUACAAUCAUGAAACUCAAGAUGCAGCCACCUACUGUGAAUGGGAAAUUGACUACUUGAAAAUAGAUGGCUGUAGGGGAGCAAGACACCCUAACAGAAGCACAUCAUGGCAAUUGUUUCGAAAAGGAUUUGAUGAUUGCUACCAGAAGACUGGUCACUUUAUUGUCAUGAGUGUUGAGUCGUGUGGAUCAAUGUCUGAUCCUUGUCAUUGGUACACACCACAGCUGGCAAACAUGUGGCGAACUGAUGGUGAUGUGCAAGCUACAUGGGCUUCUGUCAUGGCAAACUUGGACAAGAACAAUGAGAUGGCAUCAAUAGUCAGCAAAGGCCACUAUAAUGAUCCAGAUAUGCUUGAAGUUGGUGAUGUUGGGCUGACAUUCACUGAACAGAAGUCUCAUUUCUCAAUGUGGAGUUUGGUGACUGCCCCAUUACUGGCUGGCAAUGAUAUUAUUCAUAUUUCAAAAGAAUCAUUAGAUAUCUUAACAGCUCCAGAAGUACUUGCUGUCAAUCAAGAUCCACUUGCUAAGCAAGGAAUUCGAGUAUCACCAAGCAAUACCACAGGAGGAGAGGUUUGGGCUCGGCCUCUUGCAGAUGGCAGCAUGGCAGUUGCUCUAUUGAAUCGUGGGGAUGAACCAGUUACAAUCACAGUCACAUGGGAAGAACUCUCUCUCAACCCCAAGACAAAUGUCACAAUCAGGGACUUAUGGAACAGAAAAGAUGUAGGUGAAGCUAUGACGAAGUUCUCGAUGAAGGUGGCAUCACAUGAUGUUUUUCUGUUCAAAGCAACUCCUCAUACUUAAAUUCCAUUGCCAUGGCUGAAAUCAAAAUCGUUUGUUUGCUUGAAUUUCUGUGUAGACAGUUACAAAGUUUUCAUUGCUUCUUUUGUUCUUGUACUACCGUCGUUCUCUUGUGAUUGAUUGCACUGACUUUUUUGUUAUCAUUUCUUCAGAAGUUGUACACAAUUGGAAAUUGGAUAUAGUUACAAGAAGUAGCCUGCAUUGCAACCUAGAGUACAUACUAUACCAUUUCAU